GGGUGGAUUGGACAGUAUCCCUUCUUCGGCACAAAUUCCUGAUUCCAAGAGCAUUUCGAACUAUAAACGAGCGGCUACAAAGCGAAAAGAAAUCAACGAUUACGAAAUGCUCCAGGCAAAGUGCCAGAGAGAUCAUGAAUCGGGAAGGCCAUUCAUUCGCUGUAUUCAGACAACUCCGGAUUUUUUGCUGGUGUGUGCUUCUGAUCGGCAGCUUAACAAUGCCCCACGAUUCGCAGUUGUCAAGGGUGGAAGUAUUUUGUCCGUGGACACUACCUUCAAUAUUGGGAAAUUUUAUGUGACCUUGUUCAGCGUGCGCCAUAUGCUGGUGACCAAUAAACGAACAGGCAGUCCUCCUGUAGUAAUUGCUGCGGCAUGUUUGCAUUGGAAUAAAAACUUUGAAGCCUAUGUAGCGGCAGCGGCACGGUUGAUUCAAGACCGUCCGAUACUGCGGGAUGUGAAGUUUGUGGGAACAGACUCCGAUGAGGCGCUCUUUAAAGCACUUUUAACGGUCUUUUCGGGUGCAAAGCACCUUGUCUGCCAAAUUCACGGGUGGGACAACAUUCAGCGUAAGCUGACGGAUCUAGGAAUGCAGGACCUGAAACAAAUGAUUUACUGCGACAUAUUUGGAGAAAGGUCAGGAUCCGAGCGCACGUUUGCACUGGUCGACCAUGCCACGCCCGGGAGUUCAAUGAUGCGUUAG